AUGGGUCAAAUGGUUUCAUCUGUCAUUGAAAGCCUUCAAGAUGACGCAGAAAAGCAGAAGUUAGCAAACGAUGCUUUGAAUCAGAUGGAGGAACUGGACCUCAAAGUUCCUUUCUUACCAAGUCACCUCAAAAAUAGUAACAGAAGCGUGGACGCAAAGUUGAUCCCCGUCGGUCAGAUCCUACAUCAAGAUUCAAUCGUGCGAUGCGGCAUCUCCAACAAACCCGAUGAUAUUUCCAAAGAGAUCACCGAUGCCUUUGGCGCAUUUGUCAAAGGGGACAUGGCAAAAGGAAUAGGCCUGGUAGUUCAAGACGGCAUGAAGGCUCUUGUUGGCUCAUAUGAAGGAAACAAGUCGACGAGGACUAGUUAUACUAUCACGACUGGAGACCUGGGUGGUAUUCAACGGGUUGAUAUUCGAAUGUUUGCUUGGAAGUACUCGUCUAAGCAAUUGGUAGAUAUCACGAAAGAUUUGAUCGCUGUGGCCGUCAUCAUCUCGUCCGUGGAUCCCAAGCUCGUCUCGGACUUUUCCAUUCGAGCCUUGGUCCAAGAACAAUAUGGGGGACUUCCAGUGGAUCAACAAAAAGCCCUUCUCAAAAUAAUUCUGGAUGCGAAAAAAGAAGCAUCAUGA